AUGUCAUUCAAAGUUGAUUGGGACUCACUAGAUACAGAGUCCCUCUCUCAUUGGACCAAGGAUAUUCUCACCAAUGCUUUGAAUUCCGGUAAGGCCCCAAAUAUAUUAGCAUCCAACAUCACUGUUCAAGAUUUAAAUUUUGGUAAAGUUGCUCCAGAUUUUGAAAUUUUGGAAAUUGGUGAAUUGGAUAGAGACCGGUUUAGAGGUAUUUUCAAGAUCAAUUACCAUGGGGAUUUCCAUCUAACUUUACACACUCAAGUUCAAGCCAACCCCAUGAAUAUUUACUACUCAAAUUCGAUGGAAUCUGAAGUCAACUAUGAUGGGGUGAAUAAAUACAAUAAUGAUGGUGAUGAUGAUGAUGGCAACUCCUUUGUCACUCCACAUUUCGUUAUGGCUAAUGAGGAAUUUGCUAUCCCUUUGGACUUGAAGUUGUCGGAUAUCAGAAUAAAUGGCAUUGGUAUUAUUGUAUUUUCGAAAUCAAAAGGGUUGACACUUGUUUUCAGAAAUGAUCCAUUGGAUUCCAUCAAAGUUAGUUCAACUUUUGAUACAGUUCAGGUAUUGGCAAAUUUCUUGCAAAAGCAAAUUGAAUCUCAAAUCAGAGACUUGUUUAGAGAGACUUUGCCCACUUUGAUUCAUCAGUUAUCCUUAAAAUACCUCAGUCUUGAUAACCAUAUGAGUGAGUUUAAUAGCAAGUUGGCAGCAAAUGCAAUUUCGAAAUCAUCAUCAUCAGCAGCAACAGCAGCAGCAACAGCAGCAACAGCAACAACAAAUGCAGUGUUUGUCAAUGACACCAGCAACAAUUUAGUCUCUAGCUCCUCUGCAAGUUAUAAGAUGUUGGAGAAUGAUGAAGAUGUGUCUUUAGUCUAUUCAACAAAACAUCUACAAAAAAUCCUUGAAUUGUUCAAAUCUCGAGAAACUAUGAGUUUAAAAAUUCCCAAGUUUAAACAUGUUGUUCAAAGAACACAUAUGGAUAAGUUGGACAAGAAUUACCCAAAUUUGUUGAACUCCUUGUCGGUUGCUCAUACUGACAUUAGAAGGUAUAUGGGCUCUGUUCCUCACGCUUUGAUUUCUGGAGGUGGUGGUCAUCAACCCAACAGCGUUAACGGCAGCAGUGCUAAUAGUAAUAAUGGAAUUCCAAUUGAUAUAUUGGUGGAUGAAUCAUUUGCACAAAAGGAUAGUUUAUUGAAAGAUAUUUCUUCUAUUCAAACUAAUAAUUACUACAAGUAUGCCAAAGAUGCUGCAGUCAAACCAAAGAGAAGAGUGAUAAAAUUAGGUGGAAAAAAGAAGAACAAGGCAAAAGAGAAGAUGAGUGAGUCGGAGACUUCACCAAGGUCACUAUCUACAGAAUCAGUGACUUCAGUCAGUUCCAAUUCAACCUUGAUUGACUCUGAACGCCCCGUUGAUGGUAAAAAUACACCUUUGAGGAGGUUGACUGUGGGUGGAUUAGAAACACCUGAAAAGGAUACCCAACAACUCCCACAAAGACCUAAAUUGCAACAAGUUCAAAAUGCUUCCCCGUUUACCUUGAAACACCCAACUCCCAAAAAGUUGCACAAUCAUCAUCAUCAUCGUCAGCAAGACUAUCAGCACCAUCACCACUAUAUCAGUCACAACCCAUCUUUCAACAACAGUUCCAUAUAUCAAGAAGUUAUAAGAUCGACACAAUCGCCAUGUUUGAUAUAUGAAAAGGGGUUGGGAGCGGGUGCAAGUGCAAGUGCAAGUGCAAGUGCAGGCGCUGGUUCUGGUUCUGGAGUUGGCGUAGGAUUGGGCAAUACUGGAUAUUUCAAUUUUGCACCACAAAGAACCAUUAGUACAUCGCCAAUCAGAAGAACAAAUAGUAACUUCGCUGGACAUAGGGGAGCUAAUACUUCUGGUGCAGUUGAUGAGGUGAAGAAAAAGGAGGAACCCACUUUGAAGGAAAAGAAGUCAUUGAAUCAUAUUGAUAUAAAUAAAGUGAAUCAAAGAUUGGAAGAGAGCUUAAGCUUGAAAACGGAAAAGAGAGACGAACAACAACAAAGGAACCACAGCUUUGAUAGUGUGAAUCUUGUUGAUGAAAAGAAAAGAGGAGAUGUCGGUUAUGGAGGUUCUGCUGCGGGUAACUUUUCAAAUGUGGACAUCUUCAGCAAUGGUUAUGGACAAUCCGUCUUUACUGCUGCUCCACCACCACCACCAUAUAACUAUCAACAUUGA